CUAACCUGUUCCGCCUCGUUUAUGGAGCAGCUGUAAAUCACUUCCUGCCCUACGGCUCUACUACCGCCUAUUCAAGGAUGAUGAGCCUGAUUGGUUAGAAUUAGCAAAUGUCCCCUACACGUCAUGUCUUUGGAGAAGCUGAUUGGUUGACAGAAUCACAUGACCUCAGCUUGGUAUAAGGAACACACCAGCGCGGCAAAAUUCAACAGUUCAGCUCAAGAGUUACUGUUCCUGCAAUAUUCAGACAAUCUAGCUUUUAUUUAUUCAUUUUUUAAACUUCUAAAUAUUGCAGAUAAAGAUGGAUUGUGUGGACUACCCAAGAAUUUUUCCUAAUUCGCCGAGAAAAGCGCGGGGACAGAUUCAGGUUCGCAUGUUUGCUGUAAUGUUGAUGUUAAACUCGCUAUUCCUUCCAUCAGCUAAACUUUAAGUAAACAUAGGUAUAUAGAACAAAGUAUAUCGAAUUGCUAAAACGUAGAAAGACACGAUAUUUGCUGAUAAUGGGCGUGCUUUCGGUACUUUCUGUUAAAGUAAAUAAAGUAUUUUAACAUCCGGUUCUUUUGUUUACAGGUCAUCUUUGGACCGAUGUUUUCAGGAAAAAGGUGAGUUUUUUCACCCAUAAACAUUAAACAACAGCAUGCAUUAUUGUCGAAAUAUCUUAUAAAUGUUUUCAGUAACAAUUUUAAGAUACUGUAACAGUAAUAAUUCCGCCAAAUUACGAACCUCCCGCCAAAUUGUCUGCAUUGUUUACAGUAACUGUCUGUCUCCGUAUCAGUCAUUACUCUGUAGAGUGCUGUGUGCUUUGGUUAUUUCGCAUUUUAGGACCACUUUUCUUAGUUUUUAAACAUUUUUACUACAUUAUAUCAAGUAAAAGUCCUUACUAACAAAGUAGUACUGUAGGGGAGAGUGGGAUAAGUUGAGCCAAAGGGUAAGUUGAGCCACCCCCUGUUGGAGGAGUAUAAAGAGAGGAUCAGAGUUUCAGUUCAGAUUGUUGAAAUGUUUUACUUUUUUUUUGUUUUUUUUACAAAAAUACAGCUGUGAAUGUUCUGAAUCACUUAAAGACAUUCUCAUGUUAAAAUGAGUUUUUACAAAACAGCUUUUUAGCAGUUAUAUGCAAUAAUAAUAAUGAUAAAAAAAAAUAAUUGUACCAGUUGAAUAGUGUGAAAUAAAUAAAAAUACUCAUGAAUGUAAAGAAGUGACUGUUAUUUAGGGAGAGAGAAGGUGAGGGACUUACCCCACUCCUAUGGUCAACUUACCCCAUACACUGGUUAAGUUGACCAUUGGAGACCACUUUUUUUUGCAUGCUACAGUUAUGUUUACACUCAUUCUGUUGGUUUGCAGGGAUGAACAACAUAUUGUAAUAUAUGCAGAUACACUAGUUAGAGACAAAACUAUGAUCGCCUUGAAGUAGUGAUCUGAAAUAUGGAAAAUGGCUCAUCUUACCCCACUCUCCCCUACUUUAUGAAAAAAGAGGCACAGUCACAUUAGUAGUAAACAACAACUUCUGAUAUUCUCCUGUAUUUAUCUUUUGUUAUUCUUGUGUUUUUUUCCAGCACCGAAUUAAUGCGAAGAGUUCGUCGUUUCCAGGUAGCCCAGUAUAACUGUUUGGUGGUUAAAUAUGCAAAGGACACUCGGUAUUCUGACUCAGGCAUGGCAACACAUGACAAGUAAGUCCCCCUUUAAUGAUUCACUUUACUUUAAUUUACAGAAUCCUACUUGUCUUUGUGUUUGGGGAGGAAAAAUAAGGUCGUUACAAGAGGAUAAGGCUGUGUGUUGGUGCUUAUUUAUAGGUGUUUGAAUGUAGACUUGUGUAGUUAAAUAAAAGAAUUAAACAUGGAAUGGGUUAGCAAAAAAAAAAUCAUACAUGUAUCAACAAGAGAGAUUAAAAAGAUGUUUGAAGGGAAAAUAUGUAAGUUAAGGUGGAAAAGUUUUUAUCAUCAGGAACCUUUAAAUUUAGGAAGCAGUCUGAGCUAUACUAUGUCUGAGUACAUGAUGACCUCUAGUGGUUAUUCCUGGUUUAUUCCAUCAGAUACAUUCUUAACAAAACAGUGAACUUAAAACACAUUUCCUUCAUGAAAGGAAAUGAUUUUUCUCCGUCUUGUUCCUUUAUCAGAAACACAAUGGCUGCUGUUCCUGCCAACUGUCUGAACGAUGUGCGGCCUCUCGCUCUGAACGCCUGUGUUAUUGGAAUUGAUGAAGGACAGUUUGUAAGUACAAAUCCUUAAUACUGCACAAUUAAGUCACUGUAUGCUUAACUUUACAGACCAGGGUGUCUACCUCUGCUGCUGUGAAUAAACAUGAAUUUUCUCCUGCAUCUCUUGUCAUCAUAGUUCCCAGAUACAGUGGAGUUUUGUGAAGAAAUGGCCAAUUUAGGGAAGACGAUCAUUGUCGCAGCUUUAGAUGGAACCUUCCAGAGAAAGGUGAGUGUCUGUGUUGGUCAUUAUGAGCUUUAAGCGUGCAAGUAUCACAAUGACACACUGAGUGCAUACUUAAGGAGACGAUAGAGCACCACUGUGUGUAGAGACAAAACAAAAUACCUAAGACAAAAACACAUUAUGGAGGAAGGACUGGAUGGGCUGCAGAAUAGCACACGAUACAAUGUGCUGCGUCUGUCCUUGUAAUGAAAUUACAAUUCAGGAUCUCUAAGUACAUUUUUUGCUGUGCUGUGCAUUUUUGUAGCCAUUUGGGAACAUCCUGAACCUGGUUCCUUUGGCUGAGAGCGUGGUGAAGCUGCACGCUGUCUGCAUGCAGUGUUACAAAGAAGCUGCCUACACCAAGAGGAUAGGAGCAGAGAAGGAGGUGAGGAGAAAGCAGAGUUUCAGUCAAACAAACCAAAAACAGCUUAACACAUUUCCUCAUUGGAUUUUUCUAAAAUGUUUCUAUAAAUCGACACAAAAGUUAUUUAGCUAAGAUGUGGAAGUGAAACAGAAUUAGGAUGUUAUUACUGCACCUUAAUUAACCAGUGCACUCUCUCCAGGUGGAGGUGAUUGGAGGAGCUGACAAGUACCAGGCAGUGUGCAGGAGGUGUUAUGGAGGUCUGAUGAAGGACAAGGAGAACAGCGCUCCCCUCAGGAAUCAGGCACAGCAGCAGUAACAUCAGCUGUUUGACUUGAAUAUAACCCACAGUGCUUUAACAGAAAAUUAGAUUUCUCCUCCCUUCACCUCUGAGCACUAAAUAAGACUUUAUGAUGUUGAGCAGAGCAUCUUUGUGUAGAUUUGAUAUUUUGUGUUUUUAUGGGAUACAGUGUUGCACCCGAUAACCCUCUAAGGGGUGAACCAACACAAUGAUGGCAUUAAAAUAAAUAGAACUACAUUCAAAGUCUGGUCUUUUCUAAAUGGAUUUGAUAAACAACUUUGAAUCUCUCUUUGUUUUAUCACAUUAAUAUGACUCAGUUAAGGCAGAUAAGGAAGGAUAUCUUAAACAAUAUGUUCUAUACAUUUAAAAUAUUGUUUGUAGCUUGUCAUGUUAGGGUUAGACGGUCACACCUUAUUUAUAAUCCUGUACGUUUUAAAUCAGUGCACUGACGGAGGGAUGUAACCUUAUGCCCUCACAUACUACAGAAGACCAAAAUAACCUGGCAGACUCCAAGGAUGUGUGUGCUGUUGGCUGGCAGGAUGGGAUGGAAAAGUAUACUCCUACUAUAUAAAACCUGUGUUGCAUCAGUACAAUAAUAAUCUCAAAACAAGCAAAGAUCUGGUCAAUGUUUUUAUUCUAUAAACAAAGAUCUCAAGUAAAUUGUGCCUGAUGAUGACAUGAAAUCAUGACAGAAGGUGAAAGCAGGUUAAAGUCCAGACUUGACUCAUAAAACCACUCUAGAUAAAGGGGGAAAAUAAAGCCGGACAGUAUUUAGUGCCUGUUUUUGUCAAAUAUUUGUAGGCAUCACAAAUCAUGAUGUAACUUUACAUUAAGGCUUAUUGAAUUCUAUCUUUCUGUAGUACUUUGCAAAAGCUCCAACACCCACAGGCAAGCGAGAAGUUAAGAAAAACAGUCGAGUCAUUGAGUGUUUAGAAGCUGCAUUCUCAGAGGCAAAGGCAUACAAUACAUUUAAUGUUAACCGAAGGGCAGAUGUAACUGAUUUGCCAAAGCAUGAAACUCGACUUACUCAGAUCAUCAGGCACAGCAGCAGUAAACAGCUGUUUGACUUGAAUAUAACCCCAGUGCUUUAACAGAAAAUUAGAUUUCUCCUCCCUCCAAGUCAUCAUGUCUCUCCACAACAAAUCAACAGAAGUGCUUUUCAUGAACUUCACACAUUUUUCUCUUAGCAGUGUUGUCAAACUGUUCUCGGUGUGAAUCCACAAUGAUGGCAUUAAAAUAAAUAGAACUACAUUCAAA